AUGGACUUGCGUAAACAACUGGAGAAUACUGAGAGGAACUGGAAUAAAGAGAAGAUGGAGUUGCUGGAGAGAUUUGACAAUGAAAGGAAAGAAUGGGAAUGUCAAUGGAAGGUCAUGCAGAAGAAAAUAGAAGAGCUUUACCAGGAGGUAAAACUUAGAAGGGAGAACAAUAUGAAUGUCCAUGAUAAUAAGGCCAUUCAGAGCAAGAUGAUGCAGUUGUCCAUUCAUUCCCCUGCUUCGGAAGAGAGUGACACAGUGGAGCUGAACUAUCAACACAAUGUGGCAAAUGACAGGAUGGAAAAAGGGAGUUUGCUCUGUAAGACAGGACACGAAUGUAAAGAAACCACAGCCAAGAGCAGAAACAAUACUCUGUUAAUGGACAAUCUGGCCUUCGAGAACUGUGAGGAACCUGAAGACAGCCUCAGCAUCAAAACCUCCAAGAAAAAUGCCAAGAAUUAUAUUGGUGAUCUCAAUGUAGCUCUUAAAGAACUUGCCAGAGUCAGUGAAGAAUUAUGCAGCUAUCAAGAAGAAAUUCGAAAGAAGUCCAACCACAGAAGAAUGAAGUCACUUCCUUUCAUGGGGGAAUUUGAGGAAACCCAAACCACAGUUAUUCUGCCUGAGAUGAACCAUGUGUCCAGCAAUGAAUCACAAACUUCAGUUGCUUUUGAAACAGAGGAACAUAAUAAUAGGAAGAAUCUGAUGACCUCCACCAAGACUUUGAAGGACAUGUCUUAUGGUAGUCUUACUGGUGACAGAGGAACAGACUUCAGACCUUGGCAAAAGAAAGAAGCUCCACCAGUUCCUCCACGGAGCACUUCUCGGCACCUAACAAACUCACUUUCUGCAGUUGUACAGCUCUCUGAAGCACCAAUAAGAGAUUCAGGCAUCAAAAGCAAUUGCAAGGCUCAGGACUGUAGGAGUGGAAGGAAACUGAUGAAUACUUCACCUAUAAACCAGAAUGAAACAGCAGCAGCCUGUGCAAAUGAAGGGCAGGCUAUGAAAGGUCCUGUGAUCGUAACUGCCUCAAUACCUGUAACCAAAAAUGAGUGCAAUGUACCAACAGGUUUCUGCCACAACACAUGGGCCUAUGAUGUGGGCAAACUUGGAAAGGACAGUAAAAGUGAACCUUCUCCACUGUCAGCCCAAAAGAGCUGUUCAGAUGGAAAUAUGGCCCAAAGCAACAAGAUGCAGCAGAAACAAAAUCCCAAGUCUCACAGCAGUCCUUAUCACAGUAACAACUUUUAUGCCCCUGCAACCCUGCACAAUGAUCUUUUGGGAGACUCUAGGUAUAUUUUGGGAAAGACCCAAAGAAAUGAAACUUUAGCGGCAAAGAUCGAUGAGUUUAACCGCACUGUAUUUCACACAGACAAACGUAACAAUGCUUUGCAAGAAAACCAGGUGCCUCGAACAGCAUCAGAAGAUCACCCACCCUGUGGUCCACUGUGUGAGUCUGCUAUUAGCAGGACAGAAACUGUAAAUACAUCUUGUGUUUCAAAUCCCAAAUUCUCCGCAGCAAAGGAGCAAGAAAGUAGCAACACCAGCAAAGCUGUCAGAACAGCAGGGCAACAAAAGCAAAUAAAUGGACUUCCAAAUACUAGUGGUUAUAGACACAUGCUUCAUGAGCAUGACUGGAGACCAAGUAAUUUAUCCGGUCGCCCGCGUUCAGCUGACUCAAGGUCUAACUAUGGUGUUGUUGAAAAGAUUUUGAAAAACUAUGAAAAAUCAACAGUGACUUCUCCAUGUAAUGAAAAAUGCUGCAAAGAGAAGUGUACACGGGCAAAUUCUGAAUUCACUGAUGUGGGUUGCGAGACAUUGAGUCAGUAUUUAGAAAUGCUCCAGAUUGAGCAAGGAAAGCAAGAAUUUCCGAGGAAUUCAGCCAGGCAUAUUGGGCAGCAACUCAAGCAAGGAAAAGAGAAACAAAAGUUACCAGAGGUAUCUGUGCCAGCUAAAUGUUCAAGUGGGAAGGGUUUCUCCCGGCCCGCUCGGCCAGCAAAUCGACGCUUACCUUCCAGAUGGGCAUCCAGAUCACCGUCAGCACCACCUGCUGUGAAAAGAACAGCGUACAACUGCUCUGUCUCCUUUCGGUCAGAGACCUCAGUAGUCUGAACCCAGAGCUGGGUUGGAUGGUGUUGUGAAAGCUCUACGCCUCAUUGUAACUGUGUUGGGUACGUGUCAUAGCAACCAAUUCUACACUGUUGUAUCAUGUCCAAGAGUGACCCCCACCACAUGCCGGACAAAGCAUUUUGAAUCUUAGGUCAUCAUCACCACAGUCUUCAGUGUUUUUAUUGAGAUGAAAUAACUAUACCCCUGGUUUUCUCUGUUUUUUUAGUAAUAGCUCACAAGGAAUUUCUUUUGAAUGGCAUCUUCCUUAAUUUGCCAAUCAAUUUUGAGUUGAAACAAUGUAUAGUGCUGUAUAUUCUGACUCUUCUGCAAACAGCAGAACGUAAAGCUGUAUGCAUGACCAUGUGUUCGUAGGUGCAUGUGUUGGACUAGGAAGUAUACAGGUCUGUAUUUAGAAGAGACAAACUGUGCUAGUGUUGACAUUGAAAUUACAACCUAUAUGCCUACAUA